GUCUGCUGACAGGUGCCUAUUCACUUCCAUAAUGGUGGUUGAAUUUGAUUUUUUGUUUUUGAUUUUAUUUUUUUUCCUUUCUCAGGUUGUUGAGCGGUUCCAAGAAUUGUUUGCUCAGACAAAGUAUAAGGAGGCUGCAGAACUUGCUGCAGAGUCACCGCAGGGAAUUCUCCGCACUUCUGACACUGUUGCUAAAUUUCAGAGUGUUCCAGUGCAAGCUGGGCAAACACCUCCUUUGCUGCAGUACUUUGGAACUCUUUUAACUAGGGGAAAGCUCAAUGCUUUUGAGUCAUUGGAACUAUCUCGUCUUUUUGUAAAUCAGAACAAAAAGAAUCUUUUGGAGAAUUGGUUGGCAGAGGACAAACUUGAAUGUAGCGAGGAGCUUGGAGAUCUUGUGAAGGUUUGAUUUGGAAGAUUGAAC